AUGGGUUCUAAAAACAUCUAUGCUUAUAACUUAGCAAUGCUUGGAAAACAAGGGUGGAGAUUACUAUCCAAUCCUCAGUCGUUGAUUGGUCAAUUAUACAAGGCCAAAUAUUUUCCUAAUUGCUCUUUCUGGGAGGCAGAAUUGGGGGAGUCUCCAUCCUUCUCUUGGAGAAGUAUUUUAAGUGGAAGACCACUGUUUAAAGCUGGGGUACAGUGGUGUAUUGGAGAUAGGACUCAAGUCAGCAUUUGGAAUGAUAGGUGGAUACCAAUGUGCCCACAAUAUUUGAUCCACAAACCUCCUGAUUGUGUCUUUGAGCUUGUCUCGGAUCUAAUUGACGCACAUACGAGGCAAUGGAUUCCAGAGGCAAUUCACACAAUCUUUCCACCUGACAUAGCUAAGAAGGUACUUAGCAUUACAUUGAGUCGUCAGAUUAGGCGGGAUAAACUGUGCUGGAGUCCGGAGAAAAAGGGAUGUUAUUUUGUUAAGACGGCUUACUGGAUUGCCCGCACUAAGGUGCUAGAAAAUGUGCUUGUUUCUACCUCUCAUGGUAAUCCUUUUCUAGAGUUGUGGAGAAGACUUUGGCAGGUGGGGUUCAAAGAAUGGAUGCUUGAAAAUGCUUUGCAUCUAAAGAAGGAACUGUUUGCGAAGCUCUUAAUGAUUUUCUGGGCCUUGUGGAAAAACAGAAACGAUUUGUUGUGGAAUGGUACAAAGAAAUCAGCUGAUGCUUUGGUUCUCAGCUCGUUGGCUUGGCUGGAGGAUUAUACCAAGGCACAACUAGUAGAGAAGUCUUCCCACUCAAAACCGCGGAAAACCUGGACACCGGCUACGUCGGGAAUUCAGAAGCUAAAUGUGGAUGGGAGUUUCAUUCCUAACACAACUCUUGGUGGUGUGGGGGGUGUUUUAAGGGACGGUGCAGGUCAGUUUCAUGCUGCCUUUGCAAAGCCGAUACCAAAUGUAGCCUCUGCCAGGCAAGUAGAGCUCCGAGCUGUAGAGGCAGGUUUAAACUUGGUGGCCACUUUACAAUUGAGCACAGUAGUAAUCGAAACUGACUGCAUGGAUGUGAUCUCAAGUAUUGGUGAUAUGCAGUCAACGUAUGUACAUGAGGAAGGCUUAAUUGAUAAUAUCCGUCAAGUACUUCAUCAGAGACCUCAUAUCUUUUUGCAGUAUGCACCGAGAGCAUGUAAUCGAGUAGCUCAUAGGUUAGCUAACUUGGCCUAUGAAGACUCUAAUUCAUAUGUCUGGAUAGUACAACCUCCAGACCUCAUUCUGGAGCUUCUAAAGAAUGAUUGUAAACCAUUGGGGUAA